AGCCCCUCUAAACGGUGCUGCUGGUCUGGUGUGGGUGGCAUGCGGCGCAGAGAUAGCAGCAGCACUCUCUGUCAUCCCCACAGCCCCUCUAAACGGUGCUGCUGGUCUGGUGUGGGUGGCAUGCGGCGCAGAGAUAGCGGCAGCACUCUCUGUCAUCCCCACAGCCCCUCUAAACGGGGCUGCUGGUCUGGUGUGGGUGGCAUGCGGCGAAGAGAUUGCAGCAGCACUCUCUGUCAUCCCCACGUGCCCAAUCCCUUCUUUCCGCUUGCUCCUCCCCCCCCCCCUCUCUAUCCCACCCCUCUCCCUCCUCUUCCAGAGCCCCUCUAAACGGUGCUGCUGGUCUGGUGUGGGUGGCAUGCGGCGCAGAGAUAGCAGCAGCACUCUCUGUCAUCCCCACGUGCCCAAUCCCUUCUUUCCGCUUGCUCCUCCCCCCCCCUCUCUAUCCCACCCCUCUCCCUCCUCUUCCAGAGCCCCUCUAAACGGUGCUGCUGGUCUGGUGUGGGUGGCAUGCGGCGAAGAGAUUGCAGCAGCACUCUCUGUCAUCCCCACGUGCCCAAUCCCUUCUUUCCGCUUGCUCCUCCCCCCCCCCUCUCUAUCCCACCCCUCUCCCUCCUCUUCCAGAGCCCCUCUAAACGGUGCUGCUGGUCUGGUGUGGGUGGCAUGCGGCGCAGAGAUUGCAGCAGCACUCUCUGUCAUCCCCACAGCCCCUCUAAACGGUGCUGCUGGUCUGCUGUGGGUGGCAUGCGGCGCAGAGAUAGCAGCAGCACUCUCUGUCAAACCCACGUGCCCAAUCCCUUCUUUCCGCUUGCUCCUCCCCCCCCCCUCUCUAUCCCACCACUCUCCCUCCUCUUCCAGAGCCCCUCUAAACGGUGCUGCUGGUCUGGUGUGGGUGGCAUGCGGCGCAGAGAUAGCGGCAGCACUCUCUGUCAUCCCCACAGCCCCUCUAAACGGUGCUGCUGGUCUGGUGUGGGUGGCAUGCGGCGAAGAGAUUGCAGCAGCACUCUCUGUCAUCCCCACGUGCCCAAUCCCUUCUUUCCGCUUGCUCCUCCCCCCCCCCUCUCUAUCCCACCCCUCUCCCUCCUCUUCCAGAGCCCCUCUAAACGGUGCUGCUGGUCUGGUGUGGGUGGCAUGCGGCGCAGAGAUAGCAGCAGCACUCUCUGUCAUCCCCACAGCCCCUCUAAACGGUGCUGCUGGUCUGGUGUGGGUGGCAUGCGGCGCAGAGAUAGCAGCAGCACUCUCUGUCAUCCCCACAGCCCCUCUAAAUGGUGCUGCUGGUCUGCUGUGGGUGGCAUGCGGCGCAGAGAUAGCAGCAGCACUCUCUGUCAUCCCCACAGCCCCUCUAAACGGUGCUGCUGGUCUGGUGUGGGUGGCUUGCGGCGCAGAGAUAGCAGCAGCACUCUCUGUCAUCCCCACAGCCCCUCUAAACGGUGCUGCUGGUCUGGCGUGGGUGGCAUGCGGCGCAGAGAUAGCAGCAGCCCUCUCUGUCAUCCCCACGUGCCCAAUCCCUUGUUUCCGCUUGCUCCUCCCCCCCCCCUCUCUAUCCCACCCCUCUCCCUCCUCUUCCAGAGCCCCUCUAAACGGUGCUUCUGGUCGCGUAGCCCCUGUUCAUGGUGCUGGUGGUGGUGUGGGUGGCCUGCGGCACGUGUUACCCAAAUCCCACUCUCUCGACCUCUGGUUUCCGCCCUUCUUUGGGAGUCACCCACAUAUCCUUUUUUCCUAUCCAUCCGGCUGUCGUAGGAGGGAAACAGCGGGUCAGCUCGUGGGGAAACAACAGAGACGGGCUCCCGUUUGCCAACGGCCGGGCCUAUCAAAGGUUAAGAGGACUGACUGGAACGUCUCCAACUCCCACCGGAAGAACAGUGAAUGGAUGGGGGGUUUGCACCGAAAUGUGCGGUGGAUUAUCAAGGACCACUUCACACGCCACACCCCCGUGUACAAUACAGACGUGAAGGGCUUCAAGUGGGGCGACCGUGGGCUGUAUGUUCACGAGUCAGGAUUUGAGGCCUUCCGGGGGAAGGCUGAGCUUGAUGCCGAAACGAAGGACCUGAAGGAGGAAGAAAAGGAGGUGUACGACUCGGAGGACAUGGAGGAGGAUAAGGAGGAGGAGGAUGAGGAGGAGGAGGAGGAGGAGGAGGAGGAGGAGGAUGACGAGGAGGAGGAGGAGGAGGAGGAGGAGGAGGAGGAGGAGGACGAGGACGAGGAACAGUGGGGGCAGGAGCAGAGGAAGAGGAAAAGGCACAAGAGACCUAGGGCAGGCGGGAGGGAUGAGGAAGAGGAUGAGAAACGGGGGGGGCAAGAUCUUAGGAAGGGCAGAAGGCACAAGGGGGGGAAAACCAGGGGAGGCAGGAGGGAAGCGGACGAGGAAGAGGAGAAGGAAGAGGAGCUGGGGGAUAAGAAACAGGGGGGGCAGGAGCGGAGGAAGGGCAGGAAGCACAAGAGAGGCAGAGGGCAGGGAAGCAGGAGGGAAGAGGAAGUGGAGGAAGAUGAGGAAGAGGAGGAGCAGGAGGAUGAGAAACAGGGGGGGCAGUCGCGGAGGAAGGGGAGAAAGCACAAGAGAGGCAGAGGCAAGGGAGGUUGGAGGGAAGUGGAAGAGGAGGAAGAGGAGGAAGAGGAGAAAGAGGAGGAAGAGGAUGAGGAUGAGGAUGAGAAGCAGGGGGGCCAGGAGCGGAGGAAGGGCAAAAGGCACGAAAAUGGCAAAAGAAGGGGAGGCAAGAGGGCCAAAUGA